AUUCAUCGUCCAUCCUUUUGGUGAGAUUAGAUUAGGCAUUCCAGUUGAUUGGGAUAUUCGCUGGACAAAUUCUGAACAAAUGUGACAGUUUCAUAAGCAUUCGCACAGUAGAAGAGCAUGGAAGCAACCAAAAAAAUACUCAACUAAAGUACAACAUUAUUUUGGUUUUAAGAGGUAUGAAAAGGAAAUGAGCUGAAAACGGAAGUACUUUUCUCCUCAAUGGGUGGGUGGCAUCAAGGUCGGCUACAGCUAAAAUUUGUAUCCAGCCCAUCCACAAUCUACACUUCAGUCCAAUUUCUAUACCAACUGUAAGUAUUCCAACCCAAAAUGUCCAGUGUAAACACACAACGUCAAGGUCGUUGGUAUUUUGGUGGUAUUGCCAGUGCAGGAGCCGCUUGCUGUACCCAUCCUUUGGACUUAAUAAAGGUUGCGCUGCAAACGCAACAAGGCAAAUUAUCGGUAUUGCAACUAACAGCGAAAGUUUUACGAGAGCAAGGUGUACUGGCACUUUACAACGGGUUGUCUGCUUCCGUCCUACGUCAAAUGACGUAUUCAAUGACACGCUUCGGUAUUUAUGAAGCAGGAAAAAAGCAAAUCAAUACUGAUACAUUCCUCGGUAAAAUCGCCUUAGCCGGGUUGGCUGGCACCGUAGGCGGUAUUGUCGGCACCCCCGCCGAUAUGGUGAAUGUACGCAUGCAAAAUGAUGUCAAACUGCCACCGGAGCAGCGCAGAAACUACAAGAAUGCCUUCGAUGGAUUAGUAAAAGUAUAUAAGCAUGAAGGUUUUACACGUCUGUUUUCGGGCGCUACCACCGCUACCGGUAGAGGUGUGCUCAUGACAAUUGGUCAAAUAGCAUUUUAUGAUCAGAUUAAAACCACCCUGCUUACCACACCGUACUUCAAGGACGAUUUAGCAACACAUUUUACUGCUUCAUUGGCUGCUGGUGCUAUUGCGACAACUUUGACACAACCACUGGAUGUGUUGAAGACACGUUCAAUGAACGCUAAGCCGGGUGAAUUCAAGGGUUUGUGGGAUAUUGUAAAGUUUACUGCACGUCUGGGAACUCUUGGUUUUUUCAAAGGCUACAUACCGGCCUUUGUACGCCUAGGACCACACACCAUACUCACAUUUGUUUUCCUCGAACAACUACGUUUAAAGUUUGGCGUUUUGCCAAAAGUAGAGGCUACUGUGGUGGUUGCACAAUAAACCAAAAGAACGGGUUAAAGCGCACGUUCACAUCCAUCACAUAUAUGCACAUCACGCUGCUACUGAGCACAAGAAAAAACAACUCGAGAAAUUAUAUUAAUUAGUAUAAAAACUAUAAACGCUAUUGUUGUUUAGUAGAAUACAUAUGUAUAUGGGCAAAUCUAAAAAAACAGGUAACCGUUGUGUUAUUUAGCCUUAUUCUCAUUGUUGUAAACUAUAUCAAGCUGGUUGCUUAUGGAUAAAAUUCAUAGACGUAUACUUGAAACCUCAAAAAAAAAAUGUAAUGAAUUUGUUGCACAACUUUUGAGUUACAGAUGUUUUAAUUUAAAAAAAAAAAACUAUUAAAACCAAGUUAAUUUUUAUGUAAUUUUUAAGAGGUGAAAAAUUAAUUAUGUCAUAACUUUUGAAGCACACCAUAUACUGGUUUGAAAUUUUAAGCGCAAUUAGUACUUAGGUGUAUACUUCAUAUUAGUUGGUAACUAAAGUGUGCAUUAAAAAAUAACUAAAUGGCAAGUAACGAGAAGUAUGUAAAUCUACUUUUCAUAAUUUUAAAAUUUUUCGGUUUAUCGCGUAUAGUUUUCGAAGCCUUUCAUUUUAAAAACUUUUUAAGUAUGUAUUAUAUUUGUGGUAUCAAAUCAACUUUUUUCGACAAAGGUUCUGAUAACUGCUCUUACUUAAUUGGAGCCUUCUAAAUUCAAUAGCGUACUCAGUUUAGCCUGAUCGGCUCCACUUUUCGAGAGAGCGAUACUUAAAACUUUGCGUACAUUUUAACUAUUUUAUAAAAAAAGCUUUGAAGAUAUUUUACUAAAAAAUCUGGUAAAACGGGGGAUGCCAUUGAAUUUAGAACGUCCCAAUUAAGUGAGUUCAACUUUCAUAAUCUUUGCUCAAAAUUUACAACUUGCACAGCGUAAUUUUGAACCCAGCUUAUUCUUUUAUUUUCUAUUUCAGCGAUCUAAAUGUUUAUUCCUCGUCUAACUUUUGAAGCCAUCAAGUGAGAGUCAGAUAUAGUUAUAAUAUAGGUGUGCCCACAAAUUAAAAAAAUAAACUUUUUGUUUUGAAAGCGUACCUGCUUUUUUAGAUUUGCCCAUAUGUAUUUUUCGAGUACUAUUUCAUGUCGGACAAAAUGCAAUAGUCAGUUCAUGGUAACUAGGCACACUUAUAUUCGUUAGAUGAUAUUGCAUCCUUAAAAGUUAAUUUUAGAAAUUUUACAAUCA